CUGAAAGUUCUUUGUUUACUUCUACGUAGACAUCCGGCGUCAGUCGACAGUCGUGUUGUUUUGCUGAUUCAUGUGAGAUGACAGCAGCUGAGGAAUAGCUGUCCUUAUAUAUUGUGGAAGACUUCCGAUCAGGUCGUUGUCAUUCCAGGGGAAUGAUUAUUCCAGAUUCAGCAAUGAAUAACAACUCUAGUAACAAUAAUAAUGGUGUCAGUCUGACAUAUUCCAGGGAAACUGUCCUUGGCCUGAUGCGAGAGAAGGAUCAAGUCGAGCAAACCCUCAAGGAACUUUGGGAUGUUUUAAAAACCAAUCAUGUGGGGAUGGGAGAACCUCUAACAGAUAAUGAAGGUUACCCUCGGUCUGACAUUGAUGUGUAUCAAGUACGUCAUGCCCGUCAUCAAAUAAAGUGUUUGCAAAAUGAUCAUACAGCACUCUUACGCCGUAUUGAAGAAGGACUUGUUUCCUUACAUAGUCAGGCUCGCACAGUUGAGGAAGAUCCUAAUGGCAUUAAUGUACCACCACCUUCUCCAAAUCUUGAGCCAUUUUUACGAGUAGAUCAUGUUAUUGUAGGAUCGCCAGCAAAUGUUGCUGGUAUACAUGAAGGAGAUCAGAUUACAAAAUUUGGCUCUGUUACCUAUGAGAACUUCAGGGGUCUGGCAACAGUGGGGCAACUUGUGCAGAAUUCAGUUAAUUCAAGUAUCCAGGUCACUGUGAGGCGCAAUGAGCAGAAAGUUUCUCUUUCACUGACUCCUCGACAGUGGUCUGGGCGGGGCUUCUUAGGGUGCAACAUUGUGCCUAUAGAGAAACUUGACCGUUGAAUAUGAUCUGUUGCAGUGCUGCUGCUAUACUUAUUUUCUAUGAAAUUGAAAAAUGUAAUAUUUGAGAUAAUAUAACACAUAAAGAAAAAUCAA